GAUGUUUGCUGCCUUCCUUUUCAGUGGUGGCAGUGUAGAAUCUCUUUCAGUGGGCUAAUCCAGACUCAUAGAAGUUCGGAAGCGAUCACGAUGUUUUGGAAAGAGCUACUGAAAGAUCUGUCAAAAAGACCUCAAGUCUAAGCUCAUUUACUAACUUACCCGGGCGUUGGGGCACAUAUUCUGACGUGUGGCGACAUGAUAGGCUUCAUAAAGGGUUCACCACGAGGCCAUAUUUUCCGCUGGCAUUCUUCCUCGCAGCUCUUUUGUAUAAUUCGGUCUGCAUGGUUGCAUCAGGUCUUACAGAUGCACAGGAAUUACACUGAAGCCUUAUCUUGACCAUAUACUCAUCGAGACCAUAUAAUAAGACUCUCUCAAAUUUGGCGUACGUUUGUAUAUCUUUCCCAUCACUUCCACGUGAAAAUUCUCAUUUUUCUUCACGUGAAUAAAUUGAUCUUUUCUAAUGGCUCCAUUAUCAACAGCUACGAUGCCUCUUCACAAUCUAAUGCACUGGAGUCCCUUACGUCUAGACGCCCUCGGGCUCGUCACGCUCAUCGGGGCAGAAGAAGUGAACCAAGCAAUCGGCCGACUCGUUGAUAGUAAAUACACGACAUUCCUCCCAUUACUUGGCCGUACGCAACUACUUUCUAUCUUCCCUCUCUAAGAUUUUAUUUCAUUAGCCGAGAGAAUGUCUCUUUUCCGCGUUGGAUCCCUUGACUCAUCUUCCGAUAUAUUCACAGAUACUAAUGUUUUGUACAGAAUACCUCAUAUCUGGCAACCAGUUCACAACAGCGGUCCCUGGGUUCACACUCUACAAUGUCACCGACGCAAUCACAACAACCAGUUUCGCUGGCUGGUUCAGUCGAUGGUUAAGCUCCCAAGACUUGAAGACAGGUACAACAGUCUUCGAAUGGAAUGUUCUCCCAAACAACCGACAGCGUGAGAAAGGAGGAAUUUCAAUCCUCAUUGGAGGCUCAAUACUCACCGCUAUGCUCGCUCUGACCAUCUUGAUGGGCGAUUGGUGGGGCGUCGCAAACUCCAUCGCCUUGUUAGUCUCCGUUUUCGUGCGCUGGUACCUUAUCAGAGAAAACAAUCUGGGUCUCAAUCAAACUUGUCAAAACGCAUGUUAUACAUCUCAGCAAAUGACACAAGUGAAGGUACUCGUUACGCUCGAUAAUGGGAACUUGGUCACAAUGUACGCUCCUCGAGGACUGGUCACCAACGGAUUCCUGAAAGUUCCAGCUCCUAUCAACCCAUUAUUCUAUACCUGGACGAGAAGAGUGGGAUGGUUGUUCUUUGGUGUUCAUGUGAUCCAAGCGCAAUGUAAUCUGGUCACGCAACUUCUCACCGUCGCAUUACUAGUUGGCAGUACAUGGCUCGUCGUCCGCGGAUUCGGCUGUGACGAAACCGAAGUCGGCGACUCAAUCCGUGUUAGAAGAGUCCCAAACACCUUUCGCGGAGAGACUGAUCGUAGAAUGUGGGCUUACGCAAAACUACGACCGACUCAAGAAGAGGAAGAUUCUCUUUCGGUUUGGAAUCUCCUGCCUAGAAAAGUCAAUGCAAAUUGGUGGAAAGAAUACGAGAGCACAAAACAGUCAAUGACCUUAAGCGAGAAAAGCUCUACAUUUUCGAUGGUGACAUCGAGGUCGGAUUCAGGACUCUCUACGAUGUCUGCCACAUCAUCUGAGGUUUGAAUUGUUCAGCCACUUGAUGCAUUCUGAAAGCCAAAGGGUUAUACAGAUGAUACAACUAUUUUCCGAGAAGUUUGGAAAAUUACUGACAUUCCUCCAAAUAGAUCAUCACUCUCCAUGUUCAUGCCUUUCUAUUUUUGAAUGGCUGGGGGUUGUUGGGAACGAAGUCUAUGGAAGAACAGCACGAAGUCUAAUUUUUCGACUAGGCGAUCUCGCUUCAUUACUAUUUCACUUUUUCUUUUACCCAUCCAGGGUCAUGUCUUGUCUAAAUUGUUUUCAUGCUGGUUCGAUAUACCGGUCACUGGGAAUGCACUUUCCUACGUUAUUAGACUUCCCUUGGGACGCUCUCACGAAUUAUGAAUGAAUUUCUUUCCUGUUUGGAACUUUGGAAGUUUGGAUAUGAUCAGGAAGUGCAAAUUUGGGUGUGCGUAUGUACUUCCAUAUUAAUAUUUUUAUAAUCCAAAUCUUUAACCUUUAGAA